AUGUCUUUGAUCCAGAGAACUAUCCGCGCCAUACGUGGUCGCUUUUCGCGUAUUGAUCGAUCUAAGAACUUGGAUAGUCAACGAACUGAAAUGUAUAGCAUGCUCGCGGACCUGUACAAAGAGCUAGAGGGUCUAAAGGCCGAGGCACUUGAAUCGGAAAACUUGGAGGUGUUACCCGUGCAUAUCCUACCACUCGACCUGAAAAGGACUACAGAGCUGGCAAUACCCCGUUCGCUAGACCCAGGUGCCUACUUCAUCCCUCUGUCCGAAGAGUUCAUUCAACAGCGUCCGGUGGACACUACGGACCCCGAGACUCAACGGCGACUGAACAACGUCGCAACUAUCCUUCGACCUGGAUACAGCAGCAGUACGGUACAGCACAGGCCACUAAGCUCUUAUUGUAAAGCUGGGGUUCUGGUCGAUCGACUAGUCAUGCAGAUGUCAAGCCGACGGCUCAACUGCGAAGAGGCCAUACCAAAUAUGACUUUGAUCACCAAAUGGAGAGGAAACACGGAUUUCCAUCUUAACCCAGCUUUUGAUCGUCACGAUUGGGAUCAUCGAGACGAUUACCACUGGAUCAUCGAUUUCUUCUACGCUUGCUCAAGCCAUCCUACCUUCCCGCAUAUCAAGGUUAUCAUGCACCACAGCGAGGCAAAGGAUCCUGAGCUGGUCCUUAAGGCAGAGGUCAUGGCCAUAGUUGCCACGAUGUGGUCCCGCCUUUGCACAGAGACUCUCCUCGAUCAUCUCAUUGUUCCGGUAAUGGUUUUUAGCUUCGCGGGAUGCCGUGUGCGCAUCCUCAUCGGCAUCCAUGACGGCCAGAAUUUGAGGAUCGCGAUGUCCGAAUUCAUUGAAUACUCGGAAGGAUCCCAGAAUCUCUGGGACUUGCUCACUCGCUACUUAGGAUGUGGUAUCAACAACCAGCUGAGCACUAAGAAGCUGCCGGCGCAAUAG